GGUGAACUUGAGGUGGAAAUCCGUGAUGAUGCAAGCGGCGCGAGCCAUUCACAAAAGCCAAAUGAUGCACGAUGCCAUGCUAGCUGCAGGACCGCCCGGGCGUGCACAUGAGUGCCUACCUGGACAGAUUAUUGGCGGCCCAAUGGAUAUGUGUACCUACCUGAGCUUAUGCAGGCAAACGUUGGGGUUGUGCUGGGCGCACGUUGUGCCCAGCGGAGAACGUGCUGCCGGUAAGUAACGGUUUUACGGAGGAUGUACAGACAGAGUUGCAUCAGGGCAUUUGGGUUGUUCGAGUCGAAAAGGGGGUGUUUUGGGUGACGGGGAGAGUGGUUGCGGUCGCUUCUCGAGAUGAUGGCCAUGAUGGCGUCUGAAUUCAUCCAUGCAAUUCCCCGUUUAUUCUCCCGGAUCAUCAAAAAAAGACAUGGAACAUGACGCAUGAUGUCCCACUCCGGAAAUCUGGAAACAGGGUCCCACAGUUUAGACCGCAAAAGCCAAGUUGUGAUGGCUGGAGAUGGUCUCCACUUUCAGCUCAGGAGUGCAAGCUCGUUACGUCUUUGACAUUUCAGUUGGGAGGCCUUGUUGUUGGCUGCUGUCGUCUGUCUGUUCUGUUUGAUCCUUCAAUGUUUCAAAAGAGAGCCAACGGAAGCAAUUGCUUUGCCCGCUGACUCAAAUACGGCACGGACGGAUGCGUAUUUGAUCUUUGCGGGCCGAGCAUCGCCGGAAUACUCCCAAAAAACCGCCUUGGAAAGAUUGCAUCGCCCGAGUCGAACACGGGGAGACGGACUUUUCAACAACGGCUUGCUCAUCAAACCGAACUCCGCCAGAGCUCACUGCCACGCUUGGCAUCUGCAUUGGACGCUUCUCACCUCUCUGGUUUUGAAUAUCAUCCUCGGGAAGCUGGGAAGAAAGGACCUUGGUGACGCGGUAAGUGUGAUCUCCAUUGUCGGGUUGCUGACUCGGACUCUUCUUUGGGCAAGUCCGGACUGCUGCGCCCGGGCAAAGUGUUGUCCUCUGACCGCAGCCUGUCGGGAUCCGAGGGCGAGGGGGAUCGUACCUCUUCGACGGCGGUGUGAAGUUGUGGUUUGAUGGGAGUGGUGGACUGUCGAGACUGUGUAUUAGGCGGGAACUGACAGAUGCAGUUUACCGUUACAGCGAAAUAC